AUAAUAAUGUGGUAAUUUUAUUCAAAUAUGAAAAUAUAUACCCUACCUUUUGUAGUUUUUUAUUGCAAGGUAUGGGAAAGUGGUCACCAUUCGUACGUGGGGCACAUUCGUACAGUUAGUAUAUCAGAAAACCUAAACGGCACACAAACACGCUUUUGCUUGUGUGCCUAGACAUACCGGCCACCAUAUUGUUAGCGGAGUGGCGCGGCUGUCGCACCACGGUGUAUCGGCUGACAAGACGUAACGUGUUUUCGCGGGCGAAUCAUGGUGCGAAAAUAUAAAAAAAGGGCACGCGUACUCAAGACGUGGAUGAGGAGUCCAUAAAAUUAGCAGUUGACGACGUAAUGAGGAGGAGGUAUGGCAUACCAAGGAGCACCAUGGACGCUUCUUCCGGGCCCUUCAUGGACCCAGUGUAGAUUUUCUGGCGUCCGUAUCUUGGCUACGAUUCAGUAAUCUCUUUGGAGAAACUGAAGGAUUUGUCUAUGCAAUUAUGGACGAAGUUAUCCUUACGAAUAACUACCGGAAAUAUAUUAUUAAGGAUGGGUCUGUUGACAUAUGUCGGGCAUGUCAUAGUCCUGGUGAAUCCGUAAGACAUUUAAUUUCUGGUUGUGGUCGUUUGGCUAAUGGUGAAUAUUUGCAUAGACAUAAUCAGGUGGCCAAGAUUAUCCACCAGUAACUUGCUUUGCACUACCAACUUGUUGAGUUUGAGGUUCCAUACUACAAGUAUGUGCCCGAUCCAGUUCUCGAAAACGGCCAUAUGACGUUGUACUGGGAUCGAUCUAUCAUCACUGACAGGACUAUUGUAGCCAAUAAACCUGAUAUAGUGGUGAUAGACCGACAAGCGCGCCGCACGAUGAUAAUCGAUAUCACCAUCCCUCAUGACGAGAACCUCGUGAAAGCUGAAAAAGAUAAACAAAUAAAAUAUCUUGACUUGGCUCACGAGGUUGUCGACAUGUGGAAUGUGGAUUCGGCUAUCGUUGUGCUGAUAGUCGUGUCGGUCAACGGACUAAUACCCAACAGCCUCGACAACCACCUUAGGAGGCUGGGGUUGGGCGGAUGGAUCAAGGGCCUGAUGCAGAAGGCAGUACUCCUCGAAACGGCAUGUAUUGUGAGGAGGUUUCUGUCUCUGGAGCCCUAACCACCGGUGGCUUGGACCAUGCUCCCGCUACUGCUCGGCUCCUAUUUUUAUAUUUUUAAAUAUAUUUUUAUUUUGUAUGUGUAGUAUUUAAAAAUGUAAAUUUAGAGAAUUUUAAAUAAAUAUAGAUAUUAAAGUAAUAAUUAUUAAUUAUUACUAAUUAAAGUUAUUGUAAAGAUCUCAUUUAGACAGAUUGUAAACUUAGAAUUAUCAAUAAGUAAACUAAGGAUGAAUGAUUUAAUGUUUUGUUAUUUUUGUAAAAAAAAAAUUAUUGACUGUGAGUCAAGUCAAAUAUAUUUAGUUCUUUUUAAGUUAGUUCUUUGAGAAAUACAUAUUUUUAUAAUGAUUAAUAAAAAUUUUACGACUUUAA